GAAAAAUCUUCAUCCAGUGUUAAGUUACCCAACAUAGAGAAAACAAGUGCCAGGGGUGGAAACAGUGAAAAUGAAAGGUUUAAAGCAAGAAACUGGAAAGUGUUAAGUAAAAAGGAGAUACAGAAGCUGCCACCACAACAAAGAAGCAAAUACCUGGCAGUAAGAGAUAUUUUUUAUACUUAACAAACACAGCAAGACCUAAUAAACCAUUUCAAUUUUUAAACUAAAAAUCGGCAGGGGUGACAACUAGUCUUUCAAUAUACAGCUUUCACAUCAUUAGUUUUACAUGAAUCAUGCUCAAGUAGACUAGCUAUCAUUCUGUCCAGCAUGACAUUGGUGUGAAGCUGUUAUAUACAAAAGAACAUUUACAAAGAGUUGCUCAACCAGUUCCAUUGUUGUUUUUCCCCUGCAAAGAUGUUCUUCCUUUGCAGGGAAAAAUUAUUGUUUUACAAGACAAAAAACAUCUGCAAGCAGAGGUAUUUAUGAAAUUAAGGGUAACAAAUCAAUGAUUAAUUCCUUGCCAAAGUAUUUUUUAAACUAAUGUUUAGCAACUGUGUCUCUGUCAUAUUUUGUAUUUCAGUAUGAACCAGCUCCUAAAGUAUGCAGUGAAGCUAUGUCAGCUGCAAGAAAAAGACUGAAGGAGUUAGACAAAUCACAAAAAAAGUAGGUGUAAAAUUUUAAAGUGUUAAAAUUUUCCUCUACCCCUAAAAGGGUUUACAGGAGAAACGAAACAAACAUUGCAAAGAAUAAAGCAAGUUCAAGUUCCCAACUGAUAGGGUUACCAUCUUUCUACAAAUUAAAAGUAUCUUUUAUAGUUUGCUCUGUUAAAGCACCAAUUAAAUUUGUAGCACACUCUGGAAAUAUGGUUUUAUGUCCACCACAACUUAAUUUACUGUGUUUCGAAUGGUUCGAAACGGUCUUUAAUUUGUUCUUGAGAGUGGGAAGGAGGACUGGAGUUGAACUUGAAAUGGUCCAAACACUUUAGCUGCUAUGGUGACCAGAACAAGGGCUUAGCCUAGAGUGACUCCAUGUAUGCCUGGUGCCCAAGACAACUCAGUUACUUCCUACCUCUUCUAGCCUCCUAUGCAGACAUACUUAGGGUUCGUCACGCGUUCCUGAUGAACCCCUAAGAACGUCUGCGUGGGAGGCUAUGUCUUUUCAUGUUAUUUUGUCAUUUUUGCCUUUGACUGCAAGACUUUAGUGAAAAAUAACUUGUUAAUUUGUUCCUUGCAUUGUAAAGACAUCACAAGCCACCACCCACGGAAGAGGUCGUUGAGAAUGAAAAACACAUCAAGAUAAUAGGACAGUUAAAGUAAGUAAGAAGCAUAAGUGUUCUUACAAACCAUGCAUGCUUAACAGUGAAAUGUUUCCGUCAAAAAAAUUAGAAACACACAAAAAUUCAUGCAACUCUGACUGGUGAAAUCAAAUCCUGUCUGAUUGUCCUUAUGGCACAUCCUUGAAGAAUUCUUUUCAGAUCUGUUGCCAUGUUAGCAAAAAAUUUUCUACCAGUUUGGAGCCUAGUAAAAGCCCACCUCAAGAGUUUGUUGAGUCAUUAAAUUUGACUCUGGUGGGCCGGGAAUACAAUACAUAAGGUUUUUGAGAAAUUGUAUGAUCUUCCUACAAUGGCGUACAGUUUCCUUUUUGAUAUUUGAACUGUGAUUUGCUUACAUCAACAGGGCAGCUGAAGCAAGAAACAGAAUCAGGCUCACAAGACUAAGAUACCAAAACAACCGGGUAAGAUCGCGGCAAAAAAGGAGUCUUUCAUAACCUAGUCAUUAUUCAUAUUGACUGGUUCUGCAAAUAAUGGAGAGACCUUCUGGUCAUUUCAGGAUGGGUACAAAAAAACCAUUAAUAACUGAUUCUAAAUCAUCUCAUAACAACAACGACAACAACACUUUAUUUCACCCCAUAAUAUACAAGAAAUAAAAAUUUAUAACAAUGGUGCAAAAUCUCAUCUCAUCUUGCAAAUCUCAUGGUGCAAGCUUUCAUUGAUCUUACUCUCAGGUGGGACGACUAAAAGAACCCAUAGCAACAUACAUGUAAACACCUCUGGCAUUUUAAGUAUCAAGUACACUGUAUCAAUAGAAAUUAGAAACAAAGAAUUCAACACACUAUAGAACCUAGGAAAACAAAAGGUGCAAAACAAAAAAAACGCUGAUAGGUCCUGCAUGAAGGUGUUAAACCCUGAAAUAUGCAAACAUGGUAUCUCAAAACCUGUGCAAAAAUUUACUUUUUUAUUUACCAUAAAUCCUCUAGGGGGCUUAUUUUUUUCCAAGCACUUUUUGGGGUGGGGGCUUAAAAGAGAGGGGGGCUUAUUUAAUUUAGUGAAACGCAUCAACGGGAGCAAGGUUUCUCAAGGACUGACUUUUUGUUCCCGGGCAUUAUACUGCUUUUUCUAAGAAUUCGAAAAUUUUAACAAUUCUCCACUGAGAACUGGAGCGUAAAGUUGAAAAAGUGAAGCACAUAAAGUUGGAAGUCAUGCAGCCGAAGACCAAAAACAAUAUAAAUUUCCAGCCUGAAUAAACCAUAACUGAUCAGUCCACGUUUAUUGGUUCUGAAGAAUAAGGAUGGAGGAGAGGGAAAGGGGUUUUUUUAAAUUUCCUCCUCUGAAAAGGGGGGCUUAUUUGAGAGGGGGGGAUUUACGGUAUUAAUUUAUUUUUCAGAGUUCAGAAGUUACCCACUUGAUUUCUUGCCAGCCGACAGCCCUCAAAGCAGUUCGACUGCAGAGUUUGGUCCCACCCGGCCCUGACAAGAUCUAUAUAAGGGAUCUGCUGGUUAAAAAUGAG